UUAUCGUUGUUGUAAAAGAAAAAAAAUAGAUACGACGAGGUGAAGAAAAAUAAUAAUAAUAAUAGAAGGGUUAAUUGGGGGAUAUGUACGAACGAUCAACGUGAACGAAUGUAUUCGAUGAAAUAACAAAGUGACAGUGGAUAUUUUUUUUUUAGUUUUCAUAGUGAUAUAUUGUAAUAUUUAUUUGUGUGUCGGGUUAAUAGUUUUUAGAGCAAGAGUGUUUCGGUGGUUUUUAGUGCCUUGCAGAAUUAUGCGGUAGGAUGCGCAUCCAGAAAAAAUGUUUCUCAUGUACGAUGCUGGCGGGACUUUGCCUUUUAGGCCUGCUAGCUAUUAUUCCUUUCUCAUCUGCGUUGGAUAUCGAAACUAUUCCGAUAACAACAACAACGACGACGACGACGAUGACGACGACGGCGGCAACGACAAAGGGAACGACAACGAACGUUGCCGAAAACGAAAAUAUAUUAAAAGUCGAGCCAUUGGAAACUAGGCCAAAAAACGAAACGUUUAAUUCGAAAAGUGAAUUAUUGAUCAAAGAAACGGAUACUAAAGUAUCGACAGAGGGUAAAAAGAAAUCCGUAGUCGACCUUAAAACAAAAGUGGAACAAAAAUAUCAGAAAUCUUAUAAGGAGGAUGAUGCUAAAUCUUCUACCGCAUAUCUCGCAUCAUCUCGAGAUAACACGGAAUCAAGGUCCUCCGUUAAAAAAGAAAGCACCGCUAUACCUCUUCUAUUUCGUGGCGAGGUAAUUGCUACUUCAUCGUCAUCUACGAUGAAAAUUCCUGACGUAACGGAGACAUCAACUUUAACGGAAGAUGAAGAAAAUACGACAAGGAUGGUGGAAACGAUAAAGGGGACCAAAAUUAUGGAUGAAGAAUCACGAAUCAACGAAGCGACAUCAUCAUCAUCAUCAUCAUCAUCAUCAUCAUCAUCGUCAAGCAGAGGAAGAGCACUCAACGUUACUGCACCUGAACCAGCUAAUUCAUUGCACACCAAUUUGACGGAUCUGAGUGACGUCAGCAUGGACGAGAACGACAAAGAAGUCGAAGGAGGAGAAUACGUGUUACCUCACAACGAAACUUUGAUGAACGUUUCCUCGAGCUUUUUGUCUAAUUCAAUUCAAUGUAUCGACGAUGGACGAACGUAUUCUAUGGGAGAGAAAAUUGUUAAAGAUUGCGAAGAAAAAUGUAUUUGCAAGGAGGGUGGAUUUAUUGGGGAUUGUAAACCAUUAUGUGUUUCGCCAUACGUUAGAGCAGGUAGAGGUAUACACGAUCCUCUUUGCGAAGAGAAAUUAAUCACCGAGGAACCGUGUUGUGCUAUUUUAAUUUGCGCUGCUGAUUCAGCACCGGAACCGGAAGAGACUUGUUUAUUUAGAAAUAAAACUAUUUCGAGAGGACAACGAGUUGAAGAUGGUUGCUCGAAAGUAUGUAUUUGCGAAACUGGUGGAAAUCUUAAAUGUCAACCAAGGUGUCCACCAAAUGAAACUACGUCUAUCGCUAAUCAACAUGAUCGUUGCGUCGAACUUAUGGACCCAAGAGAUUCUUGUUGCACCAUUACAUUAUGCGACGUUACUCUCGGCGAUCACGAAAUCAAAACCGAAAAUUCAACCGAUUUGAGUGUUAAUUUGACCGAUGUCAAAGUUUUAAAUUCAACGGCGAUCAAGUUAAAACUUUCGGGAAAAAAUUUGGAUACCGUUACCAUCGAGAUAUCUGAUAACAAUCACGUUUGGAGACAACAAAUACCCGACAAAGCUGGCAUCAUUUCGAAUUUGGAACCAGCACGUACUUAUUACGUUCGUGUUAUUGAAUCAGGCCGAACUGGUCCAGCUAUUCAAGUAUCUUUACCUGCGGAAGUAAUAAAAACUAAUGUUUCGGAGAAAAUGUUCGAUAAAAAUUCGUGCAGUCACAGAGGGAAAUCUUAUAAACUUGGUGCAGAAUGGUACGACGAAUGCAUUUCCUUCUGCAUAUGUGCUGAAGGGGGAAAAGCAGAAUGCGUUACAAUACAGUGUCCUACAGAUUUUGGAUUGGACGUAUUAGAUCCAUAUUGUAUUGAUUGGGAAACCGUUCCAGCGAAUUUCGUUCCGAAGGCACCUCAGUGUUGUCCUCAGGAAGUUCAUUGUAGAAAUAAUGGAUCUUGCAAUUAUGAAGGAGUGACAUACGUCAAUUGGAGCGAAUUACCAUCGAAUGUCACUGGAUGUGAAAAGCGAUGUUAUUGUGAAAUGGGAAAUGUGACCUGCCAUGCAGCCUGUCCACCUGUUCCUGCUUUGCCACCUGUAACGCUACAAUGUCCAUCGCAACAAGCAACCUUGAUGCAUUUACCUGGUGAUGAUUGUUGCUUGCAUUGGGUCUGUGGAAAUCCUUCGUUACAGGGAAUGAACGCGACGCCCGCGUAUCCCGGCCCCUUAGCUACAGACACAUUCAAUCGGCAAUCGAUUGACGAUAGCAAAAGAUUGAAUAACAAGUCGGAAAUGGUCAGGCCCAGCCAGGAACCGGAACAUGGCACUUCCUCCUUGUGGGAAGAUUCGAAAAAUACUAAUACUUAUGCCGMCCCUGCCACUACUACUCAUGGACUAUUUCAUUAUCCUAUGGAUCCUGGACAUCCUACCGUGCCAUACAACGGACCUUACAGUCCUGACUACAAACCUACUCAUCCUACUAUCGACGAAGUCUUUCAUGUAUCCUCUCAGACAGAAAAAUUAAUACCAUUGAUCAAAGAUAAAUCAAAAACAAAAUUGGAUUCUAAAAAACCUGUCGAACCAAUGAAAACACAUUUUCCAGGACCAUUGAGUCCUGACAAAUUUCCCGAUAAAAUUAUGUCCGUUCCAAUGCAACCAAACAUGGAUAAUCAAUAUAUACAUAGUACGAUUAAACCAAACAAAUUAUCAAUAUUUCAAAAGGGCGUUCACAACGUCGAUCAACCUCAAUUUAUACCAUUAAAUCCUCAUCAAGAAUCCGACAGUUCCAGUUUCUCCUUUAUACCGAAUAACGGAGAGAACAUACCUCCUUCUAGUUUUAAUGAACAAUUCGACGAGAGCGUGGCAGGACCACCUUACCAUGAUUCAAUACCAUCAAAACCAGACUCGAUCGAUCCAAACGUGAUAAUUCAAAUGAAUUCCAAAAAAAAAACUCAAAUCGUUGAUCAUUUCUCCGACAUAGAUAAGAUUAAAACUUUGUCAGCAAUUUUACCGGGAAAACCAAAACAAGGUCAACGCAAUCCCGAACAAGAGAUCGCACCCGAUGAACUGUACCAUUUUAUAAAUAUUCAACAUCCUGGUUUAAUUCAACUCGAUCAUGGUCCACCUCAAGGCCAUUCCGGUAUUUACAAUCUUCAUCAACAAAUCUCAACACAAAAGCGACCGUCGACUAAUCAAAUACAAACAGGAUAUUUUGGUACUCCACCACCAUUAGCGAAAAAAACUAGCAAGCCACACAUUUUUACGCAAAAAAAUGAAAACGGACAAACCACUUAUCACAUACACACGCCAGAUAUUCCUAAUACUCCUCAAAAAAUAGAAGAAUUGUUGGCUCAUAUCAGUCAACAUGAUACUAAUCCUGGACCAUUCCAACAUUAUCCUGGACAACCACCAAUACCUCAUAACAUACCGACCGGUCCGCAACCUUCUCUACCACUUCAUAUUGAUGCUCAUAUACCACAUUCAGGACUCACGCACUUGAAUCAUCCGUUCGCAGCACAAACGCCAAACCAGUCAGGAUUAGACCAUAAUUUACCAUCAGGUUUUCCAUUAACAGGAGGUAUUCCUAAUUUCCCUGUAUCGUCAUCAUCCGAUGAGGUGACUGUGCAAGUUUUGGAAGCACUCGAUGAGAGUACGGUACGAUUAGUAUUUACUGUACCAACAAUUUUAGUAGGUCUUCAUGGAAGAGUCGAAUUACGAUAUACUAGUGAUCCUAAAAAUUUAAAUCCAACAACUUGGAAAUCAAAAGUAUUUGCACCUCCUGGUGAUCUGAUAGCAACUCCUCAAUUGGAAUUUGAAUUAGACGAUUUGAAACCAUCUACAGAAUACAAAGUGAAAAUAAUGGUUAAGCUAAAAGAUUUAACUAACAGUCCAAUGAGUAAAGUAUACACUGUACGUACUUUAGAAAAAUAUGCUGAAGGUACAACGUUACCACCACAAAUACCAGUCGAUGCGGAAUUAAGAAUAAUGGAAACAAAUUCGAGUUGGAUUAAUGUUAUAUGGAAGAAAUUUACGGAUUACGAGUUACAAUUUAUCGAUGGUGUUCAAUUACGAUAUAAGGAACACGAUGGGAAAGUAUACGCAGCUACGCCAUUGAUUCAUAGAUCUGUAACGAAUUAUGUUAUUGAAAAUCUUAAACCUAUGACAACGUAUGAAAUUGGAAUUUAUUUUAUACCAUUCCCUGGACAAACUACUGAGCUUGUUGCAGAAAAAACGAUUCACGUAACUACGUCUUCUGAACCAGAUCCUUACUCAUUCGACGUAAAAGUUGAGAUAAAAACUAUUAAAUCGACCGAUGUUGAAUUAUCAUGGAGUGGCGUUCCUUAUCCUGAAGAUAAAUAUGUUAAUAUUUAUCGAGCGAUUUAUCAAAGUGACAGUGGCAAAGAAGAUACAAGUACAUUUAAAAUCGCUAAAAGAGAUUCUCCAGCUAAGACUAUUAUCAGUGAUCUAAAACCAGGAACAAGGUAUCGUUUGUGGAUCGAAGUUUAUUUAACAAAUGGAAGAAUUAAGAAAAGUAACGUACAAGAUUUUGUUACUAAACCUGGUAUUUUAAUACCAACAAACGUGCCUCGACAAGUGGGUAAAUUGGCUUCUAUACCCUUACACGAAGGAGAUUAUUAUGGUCCUUUAGUCAUAGUAGCAAUAGUUGCAUCUCUUGCGAUAUUAUCUACAUUGAUUCUUUUAAUGAUGUUGAUGAAAAGACGAACGAGCAGUAAGGCAGACAUUUCACCGCGCAAAACUACAUCGGCGUAUGAUAAUCCUUCCUACAAGGUAGAAUUACAACAAGAAACUAUGGACUUAUGAAGAUUCGACUGUUACUAAUGGAAGAAAACAAAAUAUGGAACAUGAAAUGGCUACAAUUAAUAGCAAUGUUAAGGAUGUUGCCUGAUAUUUUGUAAUUUAUCGGAUUAUAUUUAUUUAUAAAGUUAUAUUAAUAUACUUACCAAUUUAUAAAAUCCGUCCAUAGAAAACAAUCGUCUAUAUAUUUUACGCAAAAAUAUGCGUUUAUUCGAAAAUAAACGGGAAUUUCAUUAUUAUGGACUGUUCACUAUCAUUAACAUAAAUACAUUAUGUAUUUCAGUCUAACGUAAAAAUACUGAAAAACUUCUUCAUUUAUUAAAUAUAGAGCUUAAUAUGUGUCAUGUAUCAAAUUUUGUACAUAAAGCACGUGAUAAUGUAACAUUUAAGAUUUUCCACGAAAAUGUUAUAACACAAAGAUUUUUAUUACGAGAACUUUUACUUUUAUUCAGUUUUAAGAUAUUAAAUUAAUAAUUAAUAAUUAAUAAUAAACUUCAAAUAUAUAUAUAUAUAUAAUUGUAAGAAACUGUGAAUAAACUAUGCUCUAAAUUAAA